GCUGAACUCGGAUCUACUACCCUUUUUUUCCUGAUUAAUUGAAGUUGUUGACAUGUUAGAACACUCCACGUAUACGCCCCCCGUCACCCUUUGACAAAAGCACGUCUCCUCGUGAGGUACGUUGCAAAACAAAGGAGGAGAAUCUACACGAGUGACAUUUGAACAUUUAUAAUGUUUGCUUUUUAGAGUACCUUGUGUGCGUGUGUACGUUGCGUGUCUUGCGUAGUCCGCAACUGGCCGAGAGGCGUGCCAAUCAAGCAGCGCCCUCGCACAUAAGAGUAAUUUGACCGAUUUACACAGCAUCGCGUGCGAACGCGCCGCUUGUCGUGACAGCGGGACAGAUGCUUCUCAGGCAAAGGCUGCCUUCAGUGCGGGGAGCGUGGACGCGUCACGGCGCAUGCUCUCCUACCCCUCUGGCCGGCGGAGGAUGAGGAGAUCCGUGCCCUGCUCAACAACGAUCCUGCUGUUAACAUGCGUGGCUGGGUCUCUGUGCGUGCAGCUCUGUGAGGAGGGGUGUUGAGGUCAUUGUGUCUGCAGGGGAUCUCAUGAUGGAGAAGGAAGAGGAAGGGGGGUCCAGUGGCAACAACCAUAAGGCUCAAGUCAUCCUGCACCUGCAGCCUGUCUUGCAUGGGGGAAAUUAUGAUAUUGCAGAUACAAGCAGCACUGUCUUGGCCAUCGAGACUCAACAUGAUGACAAUAAAUCCGAGGGUGAAAGUGUGGAAUAUGGCUAUCCAAUCACUUGUGGAGAAAGUAGAGCAGUUUUACUCUUCAAGAAGUUUGUGUGCCCUGGAAUCAAUGUUAGAUGUGUCAAAUUUAAUGACCAGCUUAUCAGUCCUAAGCAGUUUGUACACCUGGCGGGUAAAGCCACCCUGAAGGACUGGAAAAGGGCCAUCAGACUAGGCGGGGUUAUGCUCAGGAAAAUGAUGGACUCUGGCCAGAUCGACUUCUACCAGCAUGAUACGGUGUGCAGCAACACGUGCCGCAGCACUAAAUUUGACAUGCUGAUCAACAGCUCGCAACUUCCCCUUGGGACGUCCGUGCAGCCUAACCCCUCAUCUCUGGCUCUGGAGUCUCUUGGAGGGCAGGUGCCUCCCUUGACAGGAGAGUCUCUCCAUGAUGCAGCUGACUUGGCGGAAGCCUUGGAAGAUAAAUUUGGGGGCGAGUGGAGCUCCACACACGUCACCACAGCCAAUGGACAUGCAAAGAGGAAGAGGAGUGACAUGCCGGAUGGCGUAUUAAACUUAUGGAAGGGUGUAGCUGAAUUUGGGCUGAUGGAGGAGGUCCUGUCCGGUCUUCAGGCUCACUUAUUGGCCACUUUGAAAGGAGUGGAGAUUCGCAGCGACAAAGCUGCUCUACAGGAGACUGAUGUCAUCAUCUUGAAUUCCCUUUGCGAGAUGUUUGGGCUUUUAGACUCAGUGAAGCAAGCCUUGGAGCAGCGACGUAGCCAGAAGGAAGACGACGACGACAACGAUGGCGCUUACGGUGAGGAAGAGCUGGAGGAGCAGUCGAAGGAGCGGAGGAAGCAAAUGUGUGUUAAAAACACAUACCACAAACACGCAUCCCCCAAACACCUUCGACCCCAACGUCACCAGCUGUCGCCCACCCUCACCAACACAGUAGUCCAGCCUCUCUCGCUCACGGGUUUACCCGAUUCGCCGUACUCAAAUCCUCAACACGCCACUCACUUCCCCACUCCUAGCGGGCCGCGAGGGGGGGCCGCCAGGAGGGACGAGAGGACGCGGGCGCGCUGUGAGUCGGGGAAACAGGCGAGGGCCCAUAGAGCGGGACAAGAACUAAAGCAGGGUCUUGGACAAAGGGCGUGCCCGCUUCAGCCUCAGUUAGGAAGUCAGGAGCUAGUAGAGGGAGGUGGGAGUUUGCUGGCUUUGGGGAGAAAAGGCUUCAAAAACCUGAAACCUAAAUGAAAUGGGACACCGUUCCCAAAUUCAAAGGCAACUUGUAGUGAAAGAGUACUUUGUAAACGUGUCUUUGCCACUACGUUCAGAGUUAGUCUUUGGUGAUUGUCUUCCCUUGUGGUAAAAGUAGAUGGGGAUAGGAAGCAAAAAUGAAACAUUUCUUACAGUGUUUGUAAUUGAAAUUACGUUUUGUGAGUCAUUGUAGUAUUAAGUGUUGAGGUUUAUAUGGUACCAAUUUUUAAGACACAGACUGAACAUCUCACUCGGGCUUACAUUAAGGCAUUAUGUUGCUGACGAAUCCGAGAAAUCACAUGAUAUCUCACAGUCACAGUUGAUUUUUAUUUUCAGCCCCAGUUCAAAAGGUUUUUUGUGGGUCUUUUAAUAAAUAGCAUACCUUUUGAGAUACAGUGACGACGACAACCAUCAUUUCCCAAGAGAACACGCAUCUUGACAAUCGUAUUUGGAACCGUAAUUGCUUUAAUCCAAGCCGAUGAGUUGCUUUCUUGCUUAUUUACAAAAGAGGCCAUUCCAUACAAAAAGGACCCUGUAUGACCAGUGAACACACUUAAGUAAAUCUCUAUUUCAAACCGCAGUCCGUGGAGACAUUAGGCACUUUUAUUUACAUAGCCCAUUUCGGGUCUUGCUUAAAUGAAUUCAUUUGAGAGGGUUGCCCUGUCUCAUUCAAAUGAGGUGCGAAUAUGACAAGUAUGGCUUCCGUUACCGUGACAACUCGGUUGCGCUUGAGCCCUGAAUUGAAAGAAAAGAAAAAAAGGUGACUGAA